AUGUUCGAGAGCUUUCCAGAAGUCCUAUUGAUCGAUGCAACGCAUGACACGAAUAGCUCAAACUACAAGCUGUUUAGCUUUAUGAUCCACGACGCUCUUGGCAAGGGUCAACAUGUACAGCAUUGUCUCGUGGAAAACGAGAGGAAAGAAACGUUGCGCACUGCGUGCGACCAGUUUAAGGAAGGCUGCCCCUCUUUUGAUUCUGUCGCCGUCAUUAUCAUUGAUCAAGAUUUUACAGAGCUCGCAGUACUGGGAGAACAGUUUCCAUGA